AUUAAAUCGGAUCUGCGGAAAAUUAAAAAUUAGAUCCAUUGUUUUUGUUAAAGUAAUGGUUUAUUUUUAACUUUAUAAAAUACAAUAAGGUCUAUGCCUAUACCAUUAUUUAUGUAGUUGUCAUCAGUCUGAUUUGAAUGGUUCACAUUUAUUUAUAUUAAAUGAGACUUGAUAUGUGUGUGUGUUGCUAGUGCUAGCCAGGCCUAGGCUAAUUUACUUACCACCUAAUUUAUUUAGUAUUACUAAUUUAUAAAUAAAAAAAUAUAUUGUAUAUUAUAUAUAUUAGCAGGGACGUCAUUUUUAUAAAUAAAAAAAUAUAUUGUAUAUUAUAUAUAUUAGCAGGGACGUCAUUUGGGUAGGGCAGGGUGGUGCAUUUGCCUCCCCCCCCCCCUUUCCUGAAUUUUUAGGUUUUAUUUAAAUUGCCAUGUACUGUGGUCGCCUCCAGUAAUAAACAACUUACCCCCCCCCCUCCCCUUUUCGUAAAUUAGCAGGGAAGUCAUUUGGGUAGGGCCGGGUUGUGCAUUUGCCUCCCCCCCCCCCUUUCCUGAAUUUUUAGGUUUUAUUUAAAUUGCCAUGUACUGUGGUCGCCUCCAGUAAUAAACAACUUACCCCCCCCCCUCCCCUUUUCGUACCCAUGAAAAAAAACUGACAUGACGCCCCUGUAUAUUAGUACUAAAUUAAAAUACUAUUUUAAUAUUUCUAUUAUUAGUUAUGACCUAUAAGUCUAAAUAAAAACUAAGUUUUCUACUCCAGUCCAGUUAGAAACAUACAACUAAAUCUAAUCUAAUCUAAAGCGAAGGAAAUCAGUGAAUUGUGAAACAAGUUAUAAGAAAACCUGAAAAAAAGAUGCACCAAAACAAUGAAGAUGUUGGCAAAAAUCUUUCUUCAGUGAACAAACAAUGAUUAACAUAAAAAUAAACACUUAACUGACUUAACUGAAGCUGAAAUGUUGUAUCCUAGAGGACAACAAGCGGAAUGUAAUAGACCAUUCAUUAGCUAGUAUGUAAAAAAAUUAAUAUUGGCCUACACAAAAGGCAAAGGAAGAGAGGAAAAUUAAAUCCAAUGCUAUUAAUUAUAUAAAGGAGAAGAAGUGGGAGUGGAGAAAAUGUUUUAGGAGUGAAGUAGAACAUGAAAUUCAUGGAUCAGUUUGUUUUCUAUGUUUACCCUGGCAGGCGUGUUGGUACAGGAAACAAUUGACAGUAACAAUGAUGGCUGGAGCCCUUGUGGCAUGGUCACUUCAAUUGAAGUGAUGAAGUUACUUGGCCAUCACCAUCGCUGAAGAACGCGAUACCUUGUUUCAUAAUUUCCUUGUGGCUGAGCCCGAAAUCAGUCUCCCUCCCCCCCCCCUUUUUUUCUUCUCAUAUCUUAUGCUAACCAUAACUUUGUCAUUAAAUUUAUCUUUAAAAUUGUCCAUAUUUGAAAUUUACUAAAUAAAGUAGGUGUAAAUUAGUUGAAUCUUCCAUAGUUGGAAAAUGCCUCUUUGGACUUGUGCAUAGUUAUUGGGUAUUUUAACAGACUAUUUUUCUUUGACUCAUUUAUAAUACUAUACAAUUUCCUCUUUCACUUUACAAAUUGCAUUAACUGUUUCUUUAUUAGCCUAGAACUACUUCUACAUGAAGCUUUGUUUUUUUCAAGGUUUAUAAGAUGAUCCCCUAAACUUUCACUGACUGACUGAAGACUACCAUCAAUUUGAAACUUACCUGUCAUCAUGCUUACAUCUAAAGACUUGUGAGUCAGUUUUUAUAUUCUGUUGUUAGUUAUCUAUCAAACUUAUGAUACAACCAACUUAAUUUUUUACUUACAACAAUGCACUAUAUAAUAAAGGCACUUGAGGAAUCAAACGUCAAACCCCACCUGAAGUUGAAAGACCGCAGCCUAUUUGGUAUGUGAUAAUACCAGGUAGUCUUUGCUGUCCCAAAACACAAAAUUAAAGAUAUUUGUCAUACAUUUUAUUUUUAAUGAGCGAUUGUUCAUGGGAUGUAAUAGUUAAAAAAGUUUUUUUUAUAUUUACUUUAACUGUCUAAGCUUAGAUAUUUUAUUUCAGUAUAUGUUUCUUUUCAGUGAGCGACAUAGCCACGAAUAUGGAGACAUAAUAGUUUCAUGUCCAGUUCAUAUUUCAAAGGGAAUCAGGCAAAAAGAAAAUGAACAAGUUCUGCAGCUCUGUUGCGCCCUGCUUAACUCUUGUGGAGGAAUUUUAGAAAUGAGGAACAUAGAUUUCAGCAAUGGUACGCAGUCAAAAUCAUUGGAUGCAUGGUGGAGUGGAAUGGAGAGCAAUCUCGCAAACAUUAUGUCCUGCGAUGAUAUCUGCAACUAUUUUGAUUUUAUCGGCAACUAUGAUGAUGAGUAUUUUUACCUUUUUGUGAAAUCAGCUGAAUAUUUGUGCACGUUAGACUACAACUGCCGACUGCCAACAGAUACUGCUACACACUGUGUGACGUACCAGUCGGCCAUUAAACUCUGUUCCACUAUGGGAUGCAGCAAGCCUUUAUCAGCUCUACCUCCCAUACCAUCAACUUUUCUCAAUGGGCAAAUUGAAGAAAGUCUUAAACAGGAAGGUAAACAGAUUCAGUUCAAACUGCUCGUCUCAGAGCCUGACUCCACUAGGACACUGGGAGACAAGGUUUGCUAUCACAGCAGCAGAUAUAUCUCAGCCUUUGCCAAUCACGAAGGUGGUCACAUAUAUUUUGGAAUUGAGGAUGCCACAGCUGCUAUUUAUGGCGAGGAAAUAUCUGAAAGGGAUGAAGUAAAAUGUAGUAAGUUUAUAUACUUUUAUUUGUGUUUGUAUACAUAUUAUUUUUCUUUGUUUAACUUGACAAAUUUGUUUGUACUCCUCUAGGAUACAAGAAAAAUAAAUAGUAAAACCUCUCUAGGAGUUUUAAAUCAGAUUAACAACAGUUAAAGCUACUUAAAAAGUUAUAGUAAUUGCUUUAAUGGGCCAUCCUAAAAGAUUGGUGAAGACGAGAAACCUUGUAGCAAAAAUGGGACCCUAUCAGCAGGUCAAUGUUUGAUUUAUAUAAAUUUAAAAAAAAAAAAAUUAAUUAUAAAAUGUAUGCUUUCAGUGAAAAGAAACAGUGACCUAAAUUCCAUUGAUUUGUUUUGAUUUUACACUCUGUAUACUAAGAUUUCAAAAUCAGGAGUAUCAUUACACUUGAACAUCUGGGGAGGGCUCUGUAACUCUGGGAAUGGGCACAUGUUUUUGCUCACAAAACCCGGUAAAUAAAUUUCACAAUGGUUGCAGCCCCCACCAAUCAUGAUGAUGGAUUGCUUACUAAAUAAUAAUAAUAAUAAUAAAAUUUGGAAUAUUUGUAACUAUGAUUUCAGUAUAAUUGAAAUUGGGUUAUUGUUUGGUAAGAAUGAACAACCUAUUUAGAUUGGCACUGGAAUUUUUUUUUUUUUUUAUCUUUAACAAAAAUAAACAUAAUAAGCAAGAUUUUUAUAAAUAUUAAUGAUUAUCAUCCAUCGCCUUAAAAAAAGAAUUCCUGUUGUAUUUGUAGUGUUUAUUUUAAUUUUUUUUUCAUUUUAAAUCAGUAUUUACGAUUUUCUUUCUCAGCCAAUAUGAUUCAGUCAAAGAUGAAUUCCAUUAUCUGGGGAGACACAAGAUUUGCUGCACUAAAAGGAGUUCAUUGGGAUAUUAAAUUCAUUCCUGUUUUUAAGUCUCCAAAUCAGGUAUAACUUUGCAAUUGAUUUUUGUUUUAAUUGAUUGAUACUGUAAAACGAAUAUCUAAUUAUAAAGAAUGAAUGCAGACAUCUGGUUUUUAAUUUUAAAUGUAAAUGUGUGACAUAUUUCCUUCUGUGUUUCUUUUUCUUUCUUAUUUGAGUUUAAAUUCAAACAACCAUCCAACUCAAAUGAGAUAUUCAUUUAGCUCAAUACAUUGACAACAUGAUACAUGGUAACAAGUAAUAUCAUCCUGUUAUGAAAGUCUGCUUUGCAAGAAGCUAAAAGUCCGCUCCAAAUAAUGUAAUAUAUAAAUGAGAGUGAUGACUGAGAUACAAAUACUGAACUUUUUAUUAUUCUGAAUAUCCCGUAAUUAUGAGGUAAAUAUUUAAAAAAUUCAUCUUGAUGGAUUAUUUGAUGUGCCCCCCCCCCCCAACCCUCUUAUUUUAAGUGACACUGCAGGACAGAAAACUGGUUUGCCACUUGCUGUCAAUGGUGCUGUGGAUGUCCUAAUGUCCUGUGUUUUUGCAUCUAAAAAAAAAAAUUGCAACAAAUGUCUACCCUUCCAUUUUUUUUUCUUCUCAGCAACGCAGGAAGGUUAUAGUAGUGUCAGUGUGUAAGAUGUUUGGCGGAGUUUUCACUAGCUGUCCUGAAUCGUACGUCCUUACAAGCCAAGUACAAGCAAAUCGAUGGGCCCCCAAAUAUGGAAUACGUCGGCUGGAAUUCGAUGAGUGGAAAGCUGAGCUGCUUAACCAAACUAGAGGUUCUUUAAACACACCAUUUAAUCAUCAUUUGAUCAUUAGUGGAGUUGAUGAUUGCAUUUGUCUCAUUUGAAUGUGCUUUGAAUUUUUGUACAAGCUGUAUAUCAAUUGCAAAGUAUAAUAAUGCUACAGUAAAACCUCCGUUUUACGACCUUAAAAUUGCCAUUAAAACGAGGUCUUAAAUUGGAGGGCUUCUUAAAAAAGAGGUAGGACAUUUUUGAAAAACAACAUUUAGAAAAUUAAGUAAACAAGUAAAAUAAAUACAAAAAGUACACGUACCAUUAAGUAUAGGCAAUAUCUACCAUCUUUCUUUCAGAAAUAUAGAUUAAACUCCAUCUCACAACCAAUACUGUCACUAUCUUCAUUUUCCUCAUUGAUUCCAAAAUAAAAAAUCAAUGCUGGUAUGGUCAUUGUUUAAAAUCAUGUGUAAGUGCUGAGUGCAUGCUUAGAGUUAUAACUAUUUAUGUAUAAGAUAAGCCUAUUAAUAUUGUUGUAAUUAUUUUUAUUCAAUCAUUGAAUAGUUGUUGUUUUUUUUUUAAAGAAAGCUGUUAUUUCUGUUUGAUUGCAUGAAUGUUCUUUUUACUUUUAGUAGACAUGGUGUCGGCAAGGUCUGAAAGGCCCCUGCUCAGGGUAAAUCUGGUCAGCUCCUUAGAGUAUUUCAAGGCAGUGGAUAAGUUGAUAGGAGUUAUUUCCCCUUCACUACUUCCAAGCUGCUUAAAAGUUGUAAACGAAACUGUUUUCUUCAACUUCAAGCGCACAAAUCUCAUUGCUUUAGAAAAAUCUGACUUUUUUGCUAGGUUGUUAAAUUAAUUAUUUGAAGGUUGCAAGUUGCAUUUUAGAGGGAGUCGUUUAAGAGAGGUCGUUUAUGUAGUACAAAGCAUUGGUGAAUUUUUUUCCGGUCGUACAUUGGAGGAAGUUAUUUAAGAUAGGGUCUCAAAACUGAGGUUUUGCUGUAUUAGUUUUUUAUGUACAAUUACUUGAUAAUGUUUUUUUUUUAAACUCAGUUUUAAAGCUGAAUCCUAAUUUCCCUUUUCAGAAUGUAAAAUAUGCUAAUAAAUCCAUAAUUUUAUAUUUAAAUCUUCACUUCAUCAUUGUGUCAUGCCCCACUUAUAUUUAGAAACGUGUCCAAUUUGUUAUGGAAUAUGAAAAUUUCUUAAAUAGAUCUUAAUAUCAUGUUUUUUUAAGUUAUAUUGGAUAUCACUUUUUUUUUUUUGUUUGCACAUAAAAACUGUCGUAUUAGUGCAACUUCCACUAUAUUUCAGAGGUGAAAUCACUGAAUUCAAGGUUCGUCAAGAUCCCCUUACGAUCUCCCCAGUCUAGACUUGUGUAUUCUUUACCUCACACAUUACAGGCAGCUAGAGAGAGGGUCAUUAAGUGUAAGAUAAUCUGUUGUAUUGUGAAAACAUAUAUCACAAUUCAUUUGUAACUCUCAACUUGCAGUGAUAAAAUUCUCUCAUGACCUCUGGAAUUAAAGAGAUGAAUUGAUACAUACUUAUUUGAGUAAAGAACUAUUUACAUUUUAGUUUAGGUGAGUUCACUAUAUAAUCAUUUCCAAGCCUCUAAUCAUUUAUAAAUAAUUUUGUGUAGUACAAUAAAUUGAUAAACAAUUCAAAUGGACCUAUCUGCUUGUUCCAGUAAAAAUUAAUAAAAUAAGGACUGUAAAAAUACAGUAAUCAAAUCAUUUUGACAUUCCUGAAAUUAAAUUCAUUUCCAUUAAAAUUUCAGUGUCUCCUGGUCUCAGCAUCCACCCCAAGAACAUUCUUCAGUCUCUCCCUGAUGAUGACGUUCGAAAGGCGGUCUCAAAACUGAUUGGUACAUUUUCUGAAGAAGCCCACCUGGUGGUUUUCAUAGACUCUUGGGGACUUGAGCUGGAUUUGCCGCCUAGACCAACCUCCAUCAAAGCCAGUUUUGCAGUAAUCAGCUCACUGUAUGGGAUACAUCUUGCUUGUUUAGUGUCUAAUCCCCUCCCUGAACAUGAUGUUUGGCAGUUUUCUUGCCUCAUGGCCAUACGCAUUAAAAAUGUAAGUUCAUAUUCUAUUUAAAACUUAAAGACAAGGGUUCACGCCCGCUGGCCGCAUCUGACUAUGGAUGAGGCCAGAAUAAAAAUCGUUAUUUAAUGGACUAAAAUAUUAUGGGUGCUUAGCAAUGUAUUGAAAGCGUUGCAGAUAUAAUUUGCGCUGAUAAAAAGGGGCUUUUCUAAAAAUCAUUUUGUUUCUCCAGACUUUCGACAGCCGUAUUGAUGAAAUAGAAAAUCUAUCAAAAAAGAUUGAAUUUUAUAUUUUGGUGAUAGAUGAAAGUACUGAUGCCACCUAUACAGCUCAUAAAGAGUGGAACAAAAUAUGUUUAGGCUUGAUAAAAAGACAGAACAAUUUUAUUAAUUUUUUUUUCACAUAAAAACUGUCAUAUUAUUGUAAUAUGAAAUUAGUGAAACAAAGUAAGGUUAAACCUGAAAAAGGAACGCAACAAAACAACAAAUGUGUCGGCAGGAAGCCUUCGUCAGCGAACAAAACAGAAAAAACAGAAUAAAAUUAAAAUUAAAAAAUAGCACUUAGCUGAGAAGUAGUAUCUAAGUAGUAGAAGUAGAAUUGCAAAAUUCAUUUGCUGCCCUCGUGGAUGCCAAAGACACUUUUAAAUCAAGAGAUGUAUACGAAGCAGUAAAAAAUAUGUUUAAGCUAUGUUCUUUGUCCAAUGUUAACAUAUCUGGUCCGCCUUCUGAUGGUGUCCAGGGCGAUGAUAGGUUGAUGAGAUGGACUUUUAAAAUGAUUAGAUUAGGAGACACUGUGGCCUCCCAAAAUUCAUGUAUGAUUAAAUUGCACUGCAUAUUACACUAAGAAAAUUAAUGUGAAAAAACUUUAAAUGCAAAUUGUAAUCAAGGCUGUAAAUUUUAUAAGGGCAAUAUCCAGGAAUUUCUUAUGUACUUGCAUGCUGGCUAUGGGAAAACCAUUUUUGGAAGUGAGAUGGUUAAAUCAAGGUGAAAUGCUGAAAGGAUUUUAUGAUUUGUGAGAUGAAGUUUCUGCAAGAACUUGUCGAUGAAUACUAGCUCACUGAUUUAGUUAUUUUUAAUACUUGACCACUCAUUUAAAUGAUUUAAACAUGCAUCUUCAACGUAAAAACCAAAUGAUCACAUACACUGUUUCAAGCUAUAACGGUUCUUGAAAUGAAACUGAAAAUAUGGCAAUAUCAACUUAAGGCAAAAAAAAUUUAUGCAAUGCAACAUGUUGGCUUAACACUGUCCUUCGCACAAUGAAAAAUAUGCAUCCUUGUUUUUCAAUUUGCUGAAGAAUUCGAAUACAGGUUUCAAGAUUUCCAGAAAAAAAUCAUCAAUCGAUUGGUAUAUUUGCGACUCCAUUUUCAGUCCAAAUAAAGAUAUCAUUUGUCAAUUUUCAAUGGAAUGCAUAGUAAUACAAUAUGACAUUCAACUUAAAGAAAAAUUUGAUCACGUUUCUUUACUGUACUUCUAUGAGAUAUAUCUUCCCAGAGAAAAAUAUCCUUUGCUUCAAAACCAUGUCAUCACUAAUUGUGAGCACUGACAUUUAUGAUGAGGUAUUUUCAAAUCAAGAUUAAAACUAGAACCAAAAUAUCUGGAGAGCACCUUAAGAACUCCCUGAGAAUUGCAACUAACUUCCAUCGAACCAAAUAUGGAAGCCCUGGUUUCUCAGUAACAAUGUUAAAAAUCUCUUUAGUUUCAUGUUGGUGAAUGAAUUAAAGAAUUUUAAAUGACUUCAAUAUGUUAACUAUAUAUUAUAUAUUCUACGUUUUAAUGAUGGUAGCCUGUCAUUGGUGUUAGUGCAUUAAAUGUGUGACUUUAACAACUUGUCUCCUUACAAUGUGGCCAGGGAAUCUGAAAGGUUGGACACCCCUGCUUUAAGCACAUUAAUUUUAAAAAUUUUAUUUUCUGUUUUUCUUUUAAUCCGUGGAAUUAUAAUUUCAUAACACCCUGAUUAUACAAUUAUAUGAGCUUUUUUUGUUUUGUUUUUGUUUUGUGGAUUGGCCAAGUUUUAAAUAAUACUUAUAAAUAACACAAUUUUAUAGACAUCUCUUACAUAUUGUUUCAUUUCUUCAUGGGACAAUCAAGAUUUUAGUGCAGCAUGGAGGAUGUGUUAGUCAUCUGGGUAUCAAGACCCAUGUCCUUGACAUGCAUGCCCCAUUCAUGCUGGAAAACUUCCAAGGCUCUAUAGAUGUAGAUGUAUACCCACAAACCUACAAGCUGAGAGAGGACGACCUUAAUGAGAUUAUCACAGCUCUGACUGUAGCUGUGGCUUCGUAUAAGAAUUUAGGGUAUGCAUCUCAUUGUUUUGAGCAUAGACUUCCUUCUGUUUGUUUUAAAUAUUAAGGCUUAACACUGUAAAAAAAAAUUUCUUAAAAAAAAUAUAUGUUUGAAAAUGUCGUUACUGAACUCUUAGUUCUUAAAACUUCAAGUGUUUGUUCUGUAGGUCUUUUGUUUAAACCUUUUCAACAACUUUUUGCAUGGAUUCAUUGACUCUAGCACUCUUUAUGCACAGAUCUAUUUAAGUUUACUGGGGUCUUGUGUACAGGUUGUUGUUUGAUAGACAUGCCACAACUUAAACAGAAAACUUUCUUAUUUAAAUAGCAUUUUAAAAUUCUAGUUAAGCCACACCUGUCACACAGGUAAAUAAAAAAUUAUUAUCUUCCAGUCAAUAAAUUGAUAUUUAUUAAAGAAAAAUCAUGUGGUAUAGAAAAAAAAAUUAUGAUUUAGAUUUAUGCUCAUGUAAUAUUUUACUGGCCCAUUAAUAAGUCUUCAUUGUUCUAUUUUAUUCUCAGAUCUGAAAAAGGCACUGAGACUGACUUCUAUUUUCUGCUGACCUGUGACCAGUUAGAACUGUUAUGGUGUCAUCAGUUUACAAAGGAACUGUGGAUUCAUGGGCCCCCAGGCUCUGGCAAGACAAUAGCAGCCCUGGAAAUGAUGAAGGAAUUCCUCAGGAGGGGCUGCCUGAAACAUGAGAUAUUAUAUGUUGCAGAGAACCCACUUCUGUGCUCCUUUGUGCGGUAGGUUUCCUUUUUUUGUUGUCCAUUUCGAAGCUGAAUUACGGUAACCAUCAAGAAUCCCCAGCUUAACUCCUCAGCCCAGUAUUAUAUUUAUGAAUCUCUGUGUUUUCCUGUUUUCCUUCCUGUAUAAAAGCAAAAUUAUUUUGGUGAAAUCAGAAAUACUUGGCCUUCUUGGUACAAAUUCUUAGUAUUACAAUAGUUAAGAUAACAAUAAAUCCAAGCAGCGACACAAUGACUAUUCCAUUAGGCCUAAGGCCAAAGACCAAAACUUUUGGUUGCUGUCUGGAAAAAGUCUGAGGAUCCCAACUUUCAAUUUUAGUUUAAGGUUGAAAUGGAUAGUCAUGUUUUAAACUACCCAAAUUCAACAGCCAUUUUAAAAAACUAUAUCAAAACCUCCUCAAAGGUGUAAGUUAACAUUUGGUUAAGGGGGCGUCCAUUAAUUACGUCAACAAAAUAGUGGGGGGAGGGGGUUUGGAAAUGUUUGACAGUUGUUGACAGGGGAGAGGAGGCGGGGAGAUGGUUAGGAGGUGAUGGGAUGGAGGUGAUGGGAUGGAGGUGAUGGGUUAGAAGGGGGUGUGAUUUAGUGAUGGGUUAGGGGGUGGUGGGAUGGAAGGGUGGGGUUAGAGUUAGAUCAGUUGACGUCAACAAUCAGGUUUUUUCUAUUAAAAUUUUAAUCUUAAAAAUAGACUGGUUCUUACAUUAUUUUAAACAAUUUAAUGAGUGUAAAUAGUCGUAUAUGUUUAGGCUUUUAACAAUAUAAGAGUUAUUUAAUGUAUGUCUUUCUGUGCACUGCACAUGGUUGGUCAGAAUGUUCACGUUGUCACUGCAAGAGAAGUCAAAAGUUGGCAUCUCUUCACCUGGCAUUUUUCUCUUAAUCGGCCCCCUAGAAUGAUUAACACAUCGUUGUACACGGUGUUAAAUUAACAAAAAACACCAACUUACCUUUGUUCAAUAACAACUAUACCAACUCAAAGACAGAGAGAGCUUAUUGCAAUUAUUGCUCACACUGACAAUGCUUCUAUUUUAAUUGCUGAAUGGUUAGUUAAGGAUGCUGUUGACUUGUCUGGUAUAGCAGUUUCCAGUUUCGCAAGAUGAAAAUGAUAAAUCAGAUACUAUAGACUAUGCCCAUCAGGGGCGUCAUUUCAGUUUUUUUUCCAGGGCAAGGGAGGGGGUGGGGGACAAAACCAAAACUUGUUCGGCUUGUUAAGUUGUUUAUUACUGGAGGUGCCACAGUACAUAGCAAUUUAAAUAAAACCAGCAAAAUGGGGGGGGGGGGGGGGUGUGUGCAAAUGCUCCCCUGCCCUACCCAAAUGAUGUCCCUUAUGCCCAUUGUUACGAUAGAGCAACACGUGGCUACUCCAUGGGAAGAUAACAGCAGCUAGAAACAAUGCUAUAAUUUUCACCUAUACUGACAAAAAUUAUAUUUAUACUUUUACAAACAAUGAUAUUUAGUCUCUAACAACCUUUUAAUUGAUUCUGCUUUAUAAAAUUUAAGUUUAAAAACUUUUUAACUUGUUAAUUAACAAGCUAAAGAUGUAAUGAAAUGUUUUUCCUACAAUUUUGUGUUAUUAAAAAGACAUCAGCACAAAGUAAAACGUAUUUAUAAAUUUAUUUAUAUUAUAAUUCAUUUUCUUUUUGAAAAAAAAGGGAGGGGAAGGUAUAAAAUGUUGACAUAAAUUAAAUAGGGGUGGUCAAGUUUGACAGUUGUUGACUGGGGUUGGGGGGUCAAAAAUUGCGUAAAAAGUGUUGAUGUAAUUAAUGGACGACCCUAAGAACCACUGCCCUGGACUUGUGCUAUGUUUUUAGAUAAUACAUAAAUAAUAAAGUUUUUUUAACAUGGAUCUGUGGGAGAGAGUUUUUUUGUUUUUUUUACAAAUCAAAUGAAUUUUUACAAAUUCUUAAAAAGUUUCACCAAUUGUUUAUGUACCGGAUAAUAAUCAAAAUACAAUGGCUUAAUUAACAAUUUUUUUUUUAUUGAUCAGGAUUUUUUUUAAUGAAUUCUUAAUUCUUUAAAUACAGUAUUCAAAGUUGCAAAGCAGUACCAAGUCCAGUUAUAAUAUGUUUCACCUUUAUUUCAGUUCCUUUGAUCUAUGCUUGGUUCGAAAUAGAAGAGAACUGCUGUUAGAAUCAGUGAACCCCACUCUGUCUGGUCAAUACAGUCAGAUAAAAAAUGUCAUUGUCGAUGAGGCUCAAAAUUUCAAAGACAGGGAUGGGGACUGGUAUGCUUUGCUGGAGAAACUUUCUAAACAAAAUGUCAAAGAUCCAAAGGACAGCACCUGUGGAUACUUCUGGGUGUUCAUGGAUUAUGCUCAGAAGGUACAUAAAUUUGAGGCAGGUCUGCCUGGAUUAAUAGGCAAAAACAACUUUAUUCUCAGAGAGAUUUCACGCAACUCUAAAGAAAUCUACGACUAUGCCAAAAAGUUCAUGGAGAGUUCAGCAGAAGCGAAAUCGGAUGAGUGCGUGGCAGUCUCCAAACUAGGUCAUGAGUACAUGUCUGGGGAGGAUGUCAGUGUCCUCAAGUGUGACAAAGCUGGACUGCAGGAAAUGCUGUACAAGGUCUUGAAGCACUUUACAGAUUUAGGUGUAGAUGUUAAUGACAUGGCUAUCUUGGUCAGUAAGAAAAAAGAAGCAGAGGAGAUUGAGAAGACUGUGCGAGAAGGAAAUCUCUUGGAGUCUGUCAUUAAAAGUCCUACAAAAUUACAAUCCCUUACAGUUGGGCCACCCAAACUGCCAGUGUCGGCAAUACCAACUGAUUCAAGUCUAGACCAGACAGACUUUGGUUCAGAACCUGUCAGUGACUCACAAAACUCUCCACCCAGCAGCAGGCGCUCUACUGUUAGUGCUGACGGUAAACAUCUGACUGUGUCCACCGUAAGGGAGUUCAGUGGUCUGGAUAAAUCGGUCAUCAUUGGGCUUGAGCCACACAUUAACCAAGAUCACGGUGACAUGGACAAGUUUUUGCUGAACCUUGUGACCAGAGCCAAGGACUCGUUAGUGAUUCUCACUACCUCAGAUAAAAUGAUGGGCACCUUGAAACAGAAAUGAUUCGUAAGUUUGGAGAGUGCAGCUCUCUGUUACACCUGAUACAGAUCCUCCACUGUUUAAAGUAUUGUUAGUGUAGGUUACUUUAAUUUUUUGGGAAAUGUGAGUUUUGUUUCAAUCAUGUCAAAGUUCUUCAUAAACAAUCAUCUCUGCUGUAAAUCUAUUUUGCAACGCAAUGUAUAAUACAUGUUUACCAUUUAUGGUAGUUAUCUUUUCAUAACUUCUUUGAGUCUAUCAUAGUCAGGCAUAGAAGGGAUAGACAAAACUAUAAUUAGGAGCUAGCAACUUAUAAGCAUACAUACAAGCAUUAGCCCACCUCUUGUCUCUGCUUAUUGCUUGUUAGUGCAACUGUGUCAUACUUCCAAGCAUAUAUUUGAAAAACCUUUUUAACCAGGUGGAGAUAAAACAUUUGCUUGUUUGAAGGUCUAUGUGUUUGGAACUGUAAUUUACUACUCUUAUGCUUGUAUACAUUAUAUAUUAGAUUGUAUUUAUAUAUUGUUUUAUUUCUCUGGUAUAUAUAUAUAUAUAGAACAUUUUUAAAAAUGUAUUGUUUAUAGAUUUCACAUAUGGAAUGAGACUCAUGGAAAAAAGGCUGCAUUUGCUCAUUUCAAUAAUCAAAUAUUCAUCAAACUCGCUAUUGUCAAUUGCUCAUUUCAAUAAUCAAAUAUUCAUCAAACUCGCUAUUGUCAAUAGAUGAGGUUAUUAUUCUAACCCCAAUACUUGCAUUUAUUCAAAUAUUCUUUUUUAAAUUUAAAAUAAAACAAUAAGUUCACACAUUAUGUUUUCUUCAACAGGAUCUUUAUCAUCCCUAAAAUGACAUCCGAAUAGCACUGAGUCAAAAUGGACCCAGACAUGCAGCGCCGCCAUAUGCACCCAGGUACCAUUAGACUCAAGCUAUUCGGAUGUCAUUUGUGGUAGUUUAUUUUAGUUAAACUGAAGAAGUAAGUUUACAAACAUAUCGUCCAUUCAAUUAUCUUUCAUUUCAUUCCUCAUUUUGUCUUACAAACCCAACAAUAAUAUUUUAAAUAGUUUUUUAAUCCCAACCUCUC